GCCCAUACCUCACAGUUACUCACCGUUGGGGACAUGUUGACGAGGAGUUUGUGUUAAACAAAGAAACGUAUCCUCUGCUAAUUGAGGGAAAGCCCUUGUAUUCAAUGCCCCGGUUAUUCCAGGAUGUCAUCUCGGUAGUGCGCUUACUUGGAGUACGGUACCGGUGGAUCGAUUCAUUCUGUAUAUUUCAAGACAAAGACGACAAAACCGACUGGGAGCAUGAAGCAUCUUUAAUGGAAAAAGUGUACACACACUCUUAUUGCAACAUAUCCGCAGCAGACGCCGAAAACUGUUCAUGGUCGCUUUUCAAUGUGCGGGAGCCUCAAUCGAUCAACCCAGAGACACUUGCGCUGGAUCUUGUCAGCGAUGAAACUGGCGUGGUGAUUCCAGUUCACUUUUACGUGUAUAACUGUGAUUUUUGGUUCAACCAAGUUACCGACGCAUUGGUGAACAACCGUGCCUGGGUCCUCCAAGAACGCAUCCUAGCCCCUCGAAUCCUGCAUUUCGGAAAGCGUCAGGUAAUGUGGGAGUGCUGUGAAAAGGACGCGUCGGAAGUAUUUCCUCACGGACUUCAUCCGGAACUUGCGGCCUCUGAAUAUGUGCGAUUUAAAUCCUUCGCUCUUGGACUGGAUCAGGGUGAUCAACGGGGUUAUUUUGAUACUUCCAGACUGCCAGUCGCGCAGCUCUUAUGGAACCGGAUUAUUUUCAGUUACGCACGAUGCAGCCUUUCUCGGCCUGAAGAUAAACUCGUUGCCUGCUCGGGAAUAGCAAAAAGAUUCCAAUCCAUGCUACACGAUACCUACGUGGCUGGCAUGUGGCGUAACAACCUUGAAGCUCAAUUACUUUGGCGCAGAAGUUCAAGUGUUGGAUCAAGGCCAGGCGUGUACCGGGCUCCUACCUGGUCCUGGGCAUCCCUUGAUGGCGCUGUAGGGCCGUCAAUAUGGUCUCAAGAUGGCUGUAAGAUCGAAGUUGAGGAUGUGCAUCUCAGCUACGCGACGUCCGACAAGACGGGUGGGAUAACGGACGGCUGGUUACGCUUGCGCGGAGUUCUUUUGGAGACCAAGCUUGUCAACUCAAUGGAGCAUGAGGCGGCCUUUGAUUUAUACUUGGAGGGAGUGAGGGUGGCGGCUACUCUUACGAAUGCAAAUCGAGUAUCACCCGUUGUGUUCUUUGAUAUCUCAGGGGACAGCGUUGACUACGAAGAUGUCGAAAGCCGGGCUUUUUCCAUGGUUGGACACACUGGAAACGAACGUUUCGGCAUAGCAUUGCUAUUGUUCAAGAUAAUUGACGAGCAACGAGGUGUAUUUGAGCGAAUUGGGUUGGUUUAUAUAUUUGGUGAGCAGGAAGAAAAGAUACGGUCCCUCACACGGAGGCCAGGGAAUUCAACCUUGCCCUGUGCCGAAUUCAAGGACGGGAAGCACACCAUCAUUGUCAAAUAGUACACCAGGAACGAGGGUUGGAGAUAGAAGCAGAUGAGGAUGGCGAUCUCCUUGAGCAAAUAAGAAAGUUUCUGGUUCCAAUCCAUAUAUAGAGUCCCGG